AUGGUUUUAAUUGAUGUAAAGUGCGACAUGAUCCAAGUAAUUAUAUCACCACAUUUAGUUUCGAAGCACAAAUCUACGACCGACAAUCAAAUUGCUUUGGAUAUCAAGGAUGAAGUAGAAGACCUUGAAAAGGGUGGUAUUGGAGUUAUCCAAAUUGAUGAGGCUACCUUGAGAGAGGUACUUCCAUUGAGGAAGUUAGAACAUGCUCACUACUUGGACCGGGUUGUCCAUUCCUUAAAGACCACCAUUUACCAAUGUUGGUGUUCAGGAUUCCACUCAGAUCCACACUCACAUGUGUACUCAAACUUCAAUGACUUCAUUCACUCCAUUAUUGAUAUGGAUGUUGAUGUUAUCACCAUUGAGAACUCCGUUCUGACGAAAAGCUUUUGUUAA